AUGGCGGAUAAGCCGAUUGUUAAUUCAAUCGCCGAAAAAGGAGAUCAAGUUACAAAUGCCCUUACUCAAUUCUGGCAACUGGUAACAUCGAAACCAGCGACAAGAAGUGGAGUCGAAUCGAGAAAUUUGACUAUUAAUGAAGUGAGCAUUUUUGGCUGAAAAUUGAUUGAAAUUUUAUCUGAUAACGCUUCAGAUAUAGGGUCGAAAAAUUAUUUGGAAAAAUCAACAAUUUUCAAUCUGAAUUUUUAUUAAAAAUAUUAAAAUUAAAACGUACAAUUUUCCGGUUUCUGAGAAGCUUUGAAUUUUCGCGCAGAAUUUUGUGAUAUUUAAUCGUGUAUUUUAAAAUUUUACUGUUUAUAUUGAAUUUUCAAUAAAACAAUUCCAGCUUCCACUUUAUGCCGAAGACAAUUCACCAAUCGCUCAAAAAUUCCUGCCAGAAGAACCACUGCCACUUCAAAGAGAAUUUGCCACAAUUCGAAUUGCGUGUCAACAAGAAUACGCAAGAGUUGCGGUAAGUUUAAUCUAGAUCUCAACAAAAAUUAAAACAUAUACAUAUUUAUUUUUACAGGAGCGAUUCAAAAUCGUCGACACCGCCGUUUCGCACACAAAAAAUACCGCAAUUAGAGCUAAUGAAUAUUUGACUGAAGAAUGGACCGCUUUGCCAAAAGCUGCUGCAAUUACAGUUGGUGGAAUGGCUGGAUUUGUUCUCGGACUCAAAAGGUUCAUUUUCUUAUCAGAUUUUUUUCUAGAGCAGAGCCAUUUUUAGGACGUUUUGUAAGGCAAAACCUAAAAAUAUACGUUUUGUAAAAUUCACUGUUUCAAAAAUUUUCAUAAAUGCUAUGUAAAAAAUCAAUUUAUUGGAAACCGUGUUCUGUAAAAAAAAUUCUAGAAUUUUCUUAAACUUGCUAAUUUCGAAACCGACUUAUGACGUGGCAAAAUUACCAAAAAAUAAACUUUGGAAAAUUAUUUACUCUGACUGGCAAAAAUACGCUUCAAAAAUUUUAUAAAUUUUGCAACCUCAUUGUAAAAACGGUCAUUUAUCUUUUUAGGAGACAAUUCAAAUGUAUGUACUUAUUUUACCCUCCUCUAACAAAACGGAUUUUGAAGCAAGUAAAAGGCACGAUUCAUUUUAUUCAAAAUCCGGGUUUCUAGCCAAUCAAUAAUCCCGAAAUUCCUUCAUUUUUUUCAAUUUCAGAGGAACCGUCGGUCGCGCAUUCACAACAUCAAUUGGAUUAGCAACAAUGGCUGCAUUCUGUUAUCCAAUCGAAACUGUUGAUGUCUUGAAAACUGGUGCUGCUCACGCUGAACAAACUUGGAACUCUUUCCAAGAAUGUAAGUCGCUCAAUUAUUUUCCAAAUUAUUAUUGAUUUUUUUUCUAUUUCAGCUCCUCCAACUGCCAACAAAUCGAAGCCAAAUUUGAGUCCACCAAAAUAA